AUGGCUUGGAGGACUUCUCGCACCUCCUCGGGACUCCAUGGCUUCGGGACGCGGGUGAGCCGCUUUCUCCAGAGGCUGCUCGGGAGCCUCUCCCAUACGGACCUCGGCAAAGAUGAAUCGAGUCUUGCUCAUCUAGUUAAAAACAUAUGCGCAUAUUUCAUCCCGAGUAGUCCCUGUGAUCCGCCAGAUGUCAGUCAGCUUACCGGCCGCCCACGUUGCCGCCGGCCGCUGGCCACCGCCCUCAUCGUCGCCGGCUGCCGCCCUCGACCGCCCCCGUCUCCUGGACGUCCUCCCGGCCGCCGGCUCCUCUCCAGUGUCCCGUCGCUUGCUCCCAGCGUGGCCCACCCCCGGUUGCAGCACCCUCGGUUCACCGUGGUUCUCGUCGGCUCCGACGCAUGCAGCUCCUGCCGGCUAAGGUCGCAGCUCAGACGAAAGAGUGCCGCCAUUGCAUCAAUGCAAGAGUACGCCUACAGUCUUCCCUGCCUAUAUAUACACUGCACACACUGCCCGGGCAGGUGGGAGUUAAGAGCAUCUUACGAAUUAGGUGUGAGAAGCCAUAGCAUAAUGAGCAUCAUAGUGACCAAGUCAUCGCCGGUGGUUGUCACCGGCCCAUCGGAGCUGGGGACGGCAACCGGUGGCAUCAUCAACCUCUCCUCUUUCGACAAAUGUUUCGCUCCUGUUCCUGUCGGGCUGCUUCUCAUUUUCGACCAGCCAAUCAACGAGCCCAUUGAGACAAUCAAGAAGGCUCUGUCGCAGGCACUGGUGCUCUACCAACCUAUGGCUGGCCACCUCGUUACCGGACCCGACGGCGAGCCGAUCCACAUCUUGUGCACGGGAGAGGGCGUCUCGUUCGUGGGCGCAUCGGCCAACUGUGCGCUGGACCAAUUCACAACAUCCACGCUGCUGCUUGGGGACCUCGCCGUCCGCUACCCUGCCGAGUACUGCCUUCCCGGUGACCCCAUGCUGCUGAUGCAGGUGACCGAGUUCGCCUGCGGCGGGUUCGUCGUGGGCGUGACGUGGAACCACGUCCUGGCCGACGCCGCGGGGAUGGUGCAGUUUCUGCAGGCCGUCGGCGAGCUCGCCCGAGGGAUGCCAGCGCCGUCCGUCCUUCCGGUCAGGUCCGAAGCCGAAUGCACCUUCCCGCGCCUCCCACCGCCGUUCGUCACCGCGAUGAGGACUCGGAUGCUCGCCGGGAUGGUGGAAAAGGCGAGCAUCGACGUCACCAUCUCAUGGAGCUUCAUCAGCUGCAUCAAAGCCGAGUGCGGUGGCGACUGCACGGUGUUCGAUGCCGUCGCGGCCGUGCUCUGGCAGUGCCGCACCCGCGCGGUCAUCUCCGACCCCGACACGCCGGCGCCCCUCGUCUUCUCCAGCAACAUGCGGGGGCUUGUACGUGCAAAGCGCGGCUACUACGGCAACUGCGUCAUGGGGCAGCCGGUCCAGGCGCAGAGCGGCAUGGUGGCCAGCAGCGACAUCAAGGACCUGGUGAAGCUCAUCAGGCUCGCCAAGGAGAAGAUACCGGACAUACUCACCAACAACGGCGGCGGUGGGGAUCAACAACAGCAGGUGGCCCCCCCGAAGUACAACCAGCUUGUUGUGACGAGCUUGAGGAACCUUGGGCUCAACGCUGUGGACUUUGGGCGUGGGGGGCCGGUGCGGGUGGUGCCGCCGCCGUCACCACCAGAGCGGACGGCCAUGAACAUCUGCAUCUUGUGCCCGCCAUGCAAGGGCAAGGACGGCGUCAACGUCGUGUCCCUCUGCGUCAAGCCGGAGCAUGCCGAUGCCUUCCGACGGGAGUUGGCCGCCAUACACAUGCACAUGAACUUGCACCUCCUUGCACGUUUCUAGUGCAUGCACAUCUACCCAUACCACCAUGCAUGAAGAAUGAAUGCCGUGAACAAGGAGUUCACCAUACAUAUAUAGUCAAUGUAUACAAAUCCAAUAUAUACCGUACCGAAUAAAAUUGCACUUUAAAUUUUCUCACCUGUAUCAUAUCUUUCUUUUAAGUUAUGUAAGUUUUAAUGAGAUUUAAAUAAACAUUUGUAUCCUUCUUCUGACAUCAAAUAUUUCAAUCAUUCUUAUAUUUA